CUGCGCUUCUGUCAGAGCUGCUGUUCUAGAAAAUUAAUCAACACCUUCUGACCAAUCAUUGUCUUUUUCCUCGUCUUGUAUUAAUUCUUCGUUUAAUCUGAUGUAGCGUUAUUUAGUUAUGAAAUUAGAAGUUAUGUGGGACACUUAUAUAAGGAGUUUAUAUAAAGAGUGUGAGCUGUACACUAUUUAGGACACUUGUAUAGGGAAUAAAGAGCCAUUUGAGAUUUAGCAGAUGAAAUGAUAAAGAAGAGACUACUACUUUUCCUCUCAUGUGCUAAUCUAAUUGGCUAAUUAAUCUUAGAAAGCAAACGCUAAGCAAAUGACUCUCAAAAUAUUGACCUACCUGCCGUUUGACACCCCCCCCCCCCCCCCCCCCCAUGGAGUCAGUGUAACCUAUUUUAGGUGCGUCAAUUGACCAAACAUACGACCCACCUUCUGUUAGUUCCAGUAAAACAGGAAACUGUGGUUAGUAGCAGGGAAUAGUUGUGUAUUUUUCAGCAUUUUCCCUAUCCCUGAAAAGAUUAUUGUGCAAUUUCCCAACACUAGUGGACUGUUUUUAAAGCUCAUGGCAUGACUUACAAUCACUGCACUAUCAGAAUCUUAGCUACUUGGAUGACUUUUAACUCCUCUUUACUACAGUGAGGCGUAGGCCUAUUGCAUUUUUUCUUUAAACUAUUUUCUCUAUAUUCAGAGCUGUAAAUAUCAUCUUUGUAAAUGAUCUUUCUUCAUGAAAUUUUAAAUAUGCAUUCUUAUUCCUAAUUAGAAGCUUAGUAUAGAGGAAUUUCUCACAAUCAUUUGAUUUUACGCUAUAAAGUGGCAUAAAAGUAUUUUUAUGGCGUUUUCCUGAUUAGACGAUGUAAAAGAACCCCACAAUUUCUUUCCGUAAGUGUAUUUAUCCUAAAAGCGUUUUCAGUAAAAUAAACUUUUCAAUUCGUACUACGUCGAAAUAUCAGAUUUCCGAAUAUGCAAAUGUAUGCAAAUCUGCCUAGCCGAACCUCAUUAACUAUUCGGAAUAAUUCAUUAGUAGGCUAUGCUGCUCCUCAGUUGUCUCGUUCAAAAAGAUUUGAGCAUAAACUUGUAGAUUUGUUUACAAAUGUAAUUUUGAAAAGACAGAAUAGGUCUUUUUAAGACAUAGCGACCGAACAGGUGAAUGGGAGCCCGCCCCCACUAUAAAAUUCCGCCUUUAGAAAGUUAAAAUGUAUGCGCCUCAUCUCCAACCAAUGACGUGACACAACGCACCUGUCAUACGAACGUUAUCCAAUAAGAACGCGUCUUUGUUUUAGCGCCCGCCCACAUUGCGACCAAUCAAUUUUGCCGCGCGCAACAGAGUUCCCGCCUCGUUUCAACGUCGUGCCGCUUUCAUACUAACCGAGUCGCCUCCGAAAUAAAACGCUCCUUGAUGUAACACACGUUAUUUAUUUAUUUUUCUUCUAAUUUUAUAUUUGUAAACAUAUAUAUAUAUUUAAUCCCUAAAUAACAAUCCGUUUUUUUUUAAACGAAUAUUAAAAAUGAAUGCUUUUUGACGCAUCGUGUAUCUGACAGGAGUGGACAGCGACGCUGGAAGUGUUAGCUUAGCUUAAAAAAAAAACACGUCUCGAGCCCUUCUUUCUCUUCAGUGGUACUGGAGAGCGUUGACACCGUCUGUGCUCCUGAGGUCGCACUCGGAAUCCACAGACAUUUCCUGGCGUGAAUGUGACUGAAGAUGAGAGUAUGAGUUCAUGCGGCACAGACGUUAAAGAGAACCGCAACCUGGAUAACUUUUCAUCCAAGGCGGGGAUACAAACAGCCAAUAGGAAUGCGCCGUUGGGGUCGAGACGCAAGCGGCCGCUGGAGGAGGGGAACCGAGGCCACGCCCACUCCAAAUUCCGUCCCAAGAGGCGCAAGAAAGCGCCGGGGCCGACGUUGCAGAAGAAUGCGCUCAUGCAGCUGAACGAGAUCAAACCGGGCCUCCAGUACAAACUCCUGUCCCAGACGGGGCCGGUGCAUGCUCCGGUCUUCGCCAUGAGCGUGGAGGUCAACGGGCAGCGCUUCGAAGGGACGGGACCCACGAAGAAGAAGGCCAAGCUGAGCGCAGCGGAAAAGGCGCUGCGCUCUUUCGUCCAGUUCCCCAACGCCUCCGAAGCUCAUGUGGCCAUGGGCCGCACGUUUGGCAUCAACACCGACUUCACCUCGGACCAAGCCGAUUUCCCAGAUGCCCUCUUUAACGGAUUCGAGACGCCUCGCGAUGUGUCUAGCACCAACGGAACCCUACACCUUCGGCACGAGUGCCCUAUGCCCGUUUCAGCGACUCAGCCGGUCCUUGUGGGCCACGGGAAGAAUGCGGUGAUGAUCCUGAACGAGUUGCGGCCAGGCCUCAGGUACGAGUUCGUGGCCGAGAGCGGAGAGAGCCACGCUAAGAACUUUGUGAUGGCUGUGACGGUGGACUCGCAGGUUUUUCAGGGAUCAGGCCGGAAUAAGAAGCUGGCAAAGGCGCGUGCGGCUCAGGCGGCGCUUUCAGGCCUCUUUAACAUGCAGCUGGACCAGACGCCGUCUAGACAGCCCAUACCGAGAGACGGUCUGCAGUUACACCUGCCACAGGUCCUGGCAGACGCCGUGUCUCAGCUGGUGGUGGAAAAGUUCGGCGAGCUGACGGACAACUUCAUAUCACCUCACGCACGACGGAAAGUCCUCGCCGGUGUUGUUAUGACAACAGGGACUGACGUGAAGGACGCACAGGUGAUCUGCGUUUCCACGGGAACCAAGUGCAUAAACGGCGAGUACAUGAGCGACCGAGGCCUGGCGUUAAACGACUGUCACGCUGAGAUCAUCGCACGCCGAUCGCUAAUCAGAUACCUGUACAGCCAGCUGGAGUACUUCCUCAGUAACAGUCCCGAGGAUCACGAGCGCUCCAUAUUCCGGCGGUGUGAACAGCACGGCUAUCAGUUGAAGGACGGAGUUCAGUUCCACCUGUACAUCAGCACCUCGCCGUGCGGAGACGCUCGGAUCUUCUCACCGCACGAAGCCGCUGUGGAGGAUCAGGGAGACAGACACCCGAACAGAAAAGCCCGAGGACAGCUGCGCACUAAGAUCGAGUCGGGUGAGGGAACCAUCCCGGUCCGCUCCAGCAACACUGUCCAAACAUGGGACGGAGUCCUGCAGGGGGAGAGGCUGCUCACCAUGUCCUGCAGCGAUAAGAUCGCCAGGUGGAAUGUAGUGGGUGUGCAGGGUUCUCUGAUGAGUUAUUUCUCAGGCCCUAUCUAUUUCUCGAGUAUAAUCCUGGGCAGUCUGUACCAUGCAGAUCACCUCAGCAGGGCCAUGUACCAGCGUGUCGCAGAUAUGGAGGAGUUACCACAACCCUUCACCCUCAACAGACCACUGCUCAGCGGAAUCAGUAACGCAGAGGCACGGCAGCCCGGUAAGGCUCCAAACUUCAGUGUGAACUGGACGGUGGGGGAUCAGGGGUUAGAGGUCAUCAACGCUACCACAGGGAAGGACGACCUCGGCCGACCAUCUCACCUCUGCAAACACGCCCUGUACAGCCGCUGGGUUCGUCUCCACGCCAAGCUCUCUCAGACUCUGAGGAUCCAAGUGGCUCGACCUGCUUUGUAUCACGAGGCCAAACAGGGUGCUGCAGAUUACCACUCAGCCAAGCAGACUCUGAUCCGAGCUUUCCAGAAUGCGGGCCUCGGCGCCUGGGUGAAAAAACCGAUUGAACAGGACCAGUUCUCCCUCACACAGUGACUGAGAUAGAGGGGGGAGGGGGCAUUGGGGGGAAUGAAAACGACAGCACACGUCUGUUUUUAACUGUUCAGCAUCUAACAGUUACCAUAGCAUCUCUCAGUUUUACCUCACUAACCUGUCCGUUUUUAUUCUGCGCUGCGUCUUGCCUUUGAUAUUUGUGUAACAGAAAUGUUAAAUCUCAUGUCAUUAUGUUAUAUAAGUGUUAUUUUAAAUGUGUAUAAGUUUAUAUAUGCUCAUGCUCUAUCAAACACCAGGAAUCAGUGAUUCGCCAGCUGGAUUUUUAUUAUUUAGCUUAUGUUUUACAGUUUUAUAAUUUAUUUAGCUGAUGUCAAUGUUGCAUCCUAAUCACGCUUAAUUAAUUACGAGUUUCUCAACUCCUCACUGCUGAAGAACAUCUGCCCCAAAAAUAUUUCCCCUUCAGUAUGCUAACAAAUGACUUUGAUACCACAGCACGGUUGAAUGCUCGAAUCUGAUUGGUCAGAACGUGUGCAGUAUUUCUGUAUAACGCAGUUCCGGCUGUAACAUGAACGACGGGUUUAUACACUAGAAAGCUAAAGUUCAUGGAUGAUGUUGGAGUGACAGAGUAUAUUAAAAAUGCUAAAAGCGUUAAACGAUAUUACACUGUUUUGUCUUUGAUUUUUUUUAUUAUAUUUUUUUUGUUAAAAUAUCCAACAAUUAAGCACAUGAAGUUUAAAAAACUGAAGGUUUAUAAUAUGCACAGGUUAAAAUAUUAAAACCAUUGAAACAUGUUUAAAGGUUAAUGCGUUAACAUGCUAAAAUGCUGCUAAUGUAACCCUGUUGGUUGUUGCUAGGAGGUUUCAAUAUAAUCCCGGUUGUUUGCUAGGUUAUAGCUAGUUGGUUGCUAAGCAAAAUCCCAGCUGGUUGCUAGGAAUUCAGCAGGUGAAGCAAUGCGUCUUUAAUCGUCUUCAGUAUCUCCGAAUGAAGAAAUCUUGUGAACGCACAAUCGAUGAAACAACGUGUUCCCCAUGGGGAAAUAUAACACACUCUGGAGCGUUGUUACGCCGCAACCGUAAUUCCAAUCUUUCCCAAAAACACAACCGCACUAUUUCCUGUAUGGUCAAAAACUGUGACCCGUGAUAUCAGAACAAAUUUCUGAUUAGAAUAAUAUUAAGCAACAGAAGAUGUAGAACAUAACACACUGGGGCGAGAUCAUUGUACUGAGUGUCCUGGCGAAAAAAGUCUUCCCUGUCUGUCUGGUUCAUUGUUCUAAAUAAACUAAUUAAAAUUGUUUAAUUCAUUAAUUAAAAAGAAAAAACUAAUUUUUUUUUUGCAUUUUAAUAUUCACCCUUCUGUCCUAGCCUUACGACUUUAUUCUCAAAACCUUGUUUUGUAUUUUUUUUGUUAAACAGUGGCUGUAUAAUCAUUGAUGUGGGGACUUUUAUUUUGUUAGGACACGUUUAUUUAACCUUUAUGGAAGGAGCCUCCAGUGUCAGGGCUUGGAAACAUUAACGGUGUUCUCCAGCACAGGGAAGUCUUAAGGACAGAGGAGUUUACACUUUCAGAGAGAGAGAGAGAGAGAGAGAUUUAAUGAUUGUUUAUAACAGCUAUAACUUCGGUAAGACGUUUCUCUCUCCGUCGUGUCUCGGCUUCAUUUUCUCCUUUAUACACUUUGCUCCCUUUUUUUUCUUUAUCAAUUAUUACAAUUAUUUCCUCAUUUUUUUGUUUUGAUUGUAAGUGAGCGAUCCUCACCCUGACUUGUGAAAGUCGUGAGUGCCCCAGACAAUCCGGUGUCCCUCCUCAUCCACACUCAAAACUUGUCCACUUAUUUAUUUAUUUACUGAAAAUUUAUUUCUUAAUUUUUUUUUAAGUACUGAUAAUCACCUAAACUCAUUAUUAAUCCUUGUCAUUUUUGGCAUUUCAAUCAGUUGUAGUGUAGUGUACGAUGUAUGCUGUAUGCUGUAAUGUGUGUCAUUGUCAUCAUUACAACAUUUGAUUUGUAUUUGAUCAUUUAAAUAAAAUGUAAAAAAAAAAAAAAAACCUCUAAAUGUAAACAGAAGCAGGUCUGCUCAGAGAACCUUACUGAGUCUUUAAUAUAGACGUCAGAUCUGAACAACUUUUAUGUAAAUGACCUGCUGAGGAAAGUGAUGGCGCGUGAUGAGUGAUUUUCAUUCGACUGCACACUUUUGAUGAAAUUAAAUCUUCUUUUUGUGUUACGUUCUGACUGGUUUUGUUGGAGUCAUGCUUUACAAUCUGAUCUGUUUCAUAUGGAUGUCGAUUUCUUUCUUUCUUUAUUUAAUAAUAAUGUGAAUUUGAAUGAAACUUUAUUUAUGUUGUACACCAGGGACUUUUUACAGUAAUCCUCGUUCUGUUGAUCACACUUGUUUAUUUUAUAAAUAUAAUCCAGCUAUAUAGACACACACAUCGGGCACAAUAAUAUGUGAAUGCAAAGCUCUAAUGUCUCUGAUUUAUUUGUUUAUUUAUGUGUUUGUUUAUUUUUUUUAUUUAGGUCCAGUCUGACUCGGUUUCUUCUAUUUGUUUACCUUCACAAAUGUGUCAAAAACGUACGAAAUAGGCAAAAAAGUUGCAGGAACCAACAAAAGGUUGUCCUCAUUUGGUAAGCAAAGUUUAACUUUUCUUAAAGCUCUAA